CAGCCGGAAGGCAGAGGCUCCGGGCAAGUCUGGCCUGAGAGGCGAAGGGAUGAGGGGCCCAGCAGGACUGAGCCCUCCUCACCAGGGCUGGGCGCUGGGGGGAGGGAUUAGGGCAGGCUUCAGACUACCCAUGCUUCCAGGGGCUCUGAGUGAGAACGUGCCAGGGCAAGCUUCUCUUCUGAGGGUGGAGGGUGAGGGGAAUGCGUGGAGCCACGAUUCCAGUGGGAGGAGCAAGUUCAGGGCUUCACCAUCAGGCAGAGCAUCUAAGAGUCAAACACAGCCCCUCCCUAAUGGAGGCCUAGGUACUCAGACAAGCUCCUAAGGCCUCCCUCUUCCGCUGCUCUCCUGGGGCAGCUGCUGGGGCUGAGCGGGCUCUGUGGUUCCCAGGGAAAUUUCCCCUCAAAAAUGGCCCCCUCCUCUCCUUCAGCCUCUCACUUUGCUGUCUAGAACACAGUCUGCAGGGGAAUCUGACACUCAGCUAUGGCAAAGGCCAAGAACAGAGAGAAAAAAUAUAAACCCGUGUCCUUUAGGGCCUCCUGCCCACGAACUCGUUGGCUUCUUUCUCUCUCCCUCCUGUCCCUUAAGCACAAAAUGUCUUGAAAGUUUCUAAAAUGUAAUGCUAGUACCUAUAAAGGGACAAAACAGAAGAGGGUAACAGGGUAAGGCAAAUGGGGGCAGACUAGUGCCAGCAGUCGUGACCUCUUGCCUCUGACACAUCUCCAUUAGCUCCUUUAGGGCCCUCUUCUGAGACCCGGGGUGUCUGUCCCACCAGCAUCCCGGCGUACCUGUGUUUACAGGUGCCUACCACCAGCCCCAGCUAACUGCAGGCAGGCCUUGCAGGUAAAAGCCCUCAGCCUCUUGUGACCUGAUAGUCCCAGAGGGAGUCAGGGUUCCACCUUCCACCUUGAAACCCUGAAGGGUAUGCUUCUCAGCCUAACCAGCUCCUCCUCAGUUCUCAAAACAAGGAAAGGAAGCUCCGGAAACCAAGCCUGGCCAAAAGGUGACUGAUGGUGACCAUGGCAGGCAGCCAUGGGAGGUGGAAGCAGAUUCCAGAGGUUUCACUACAAGCAUAUUUUAAAAGAAGUCUUUAUUGGGAAUUCAAGACAACGUGGUCAUUUAUUGAAACUGGUCCUGGGGAGUACCACAGAAGAGCCUCUCAAGUGGACCUCUUGCUGCCUCAGGUAUUUGAUGUGCAGAGAAAGAUCACCUACAAGAACCUGAGCACCUGGUAUACAGAGCUUCGGGAGUUCCGGCCAGAGAUUCCAUGCAUUGUGGUGGCCAAUAAAAUCGAUGACAGGCCAGUGUCCUACCUUCUCUCUACAGCAGACAUAAAGAUGACCCAAAAAAGCUUCAAUUUUGCCAGGAAGUUCUCCCUGCCCCUGUACUUUGUCUCAGCUGCUGAUGGUACCAACGUUGUGAAGCUCUUCAAUGAUGCAAUUCGAUUAGCUGUGUCUUACAAACAGAACUCCCGGGACUUCAUGGACGAAGUUUUGCAGGAGCUUGAGAACAUCACCUUGGAGCAGAAGGAGCAGGAAAUGCCAGACAAAGAGCCGUGUGGCCGCAUCGAGAGCCCAUCUCCCUCUUGAGUCACAGAAGGCGGCCUCUCUCCAUGGCCAACUUGGCGGGGAGGGGGAGUUCAGAAUACCCCUCCCUUUGGCAGUUCUUCAGCUCUCAGUUGAGACACUCUACCAGGCCAUCCCCUGCUAUACCUCCUACAAACCCAACCAUCCCAUUUGCUCCCCCACUUCCAUGGCCACAAGACCCGACCCUUCCACAGUUGUUUCCUCUGCCGUAGUCAGGGACAGGGAUGGGGUCAACACCAGCAGGCACCAUCAGCAGGUGUAAGAGGCACUUACACCUGAGCGUUCACACCAGAGGCAGAACAGGGGUGGACCCUACAGGUCAUAUGGGACAGUGAAGAGAAUCAGCGUUCCGUGUGUCUCUUAAAUGAAAGGAAACGUAGGGGGUAUUUUUCCCCUCCCAGGACUGACCUCAGGGCCUAUUCAUUGCAUUUCCACCAAGAGAAUGAUUUCUAAUUCCUGACUAUGCUUUUUCUUCUUUAGUCUCCCAACUAAACCAACCAUUUUCAGAAGAUGGUUUUGAGCAGAGAGCUGUUUAUAAGUUUUUCCAGAGCUCUUCUAGGUACAACCAGUACAUAGAUGAACAGCAAGGCCAAGAUCACAGGCCCAAGUUUGCUGUCAGCAUCAAAUGAAAGCAGGUGACUGGUCUGGCCAUACUGAGCAAUACAUACAUGUCAUUGUUUUAACCAUCAAGGGUCAAUACAGCCAACCCACAAGGCACACCCAUUUGCAUUGUAAGAAACUGACUUUAGGAAAGCUUCCUUUAAAACCCGUGUUUCAACACAGGAGGCUUUCCUUCAUUUUUUUGAGGACCACUGUGGACAUUGUACCUUCUUGGAUGGCGAGGGCUGCUGAGAGCCGUCAUGCUGGCUUUUCCAUUUAUCUCCAGGAUAUGUGGUUCACUAGGAUGUUCUUACGAUCACCUUGUACAUCAUUUCCAUUUAAAAAAAAUUUUUUUUUUUUAUAUUUUGUUUACAGUAAAGGUUGAAUUACAUAAACAUUGAGUAGAUGUGCAUGCUUUGUGGGGACGGAUUUCUCUGAGCAAAAAGUCACAAAAGAAUGAGUGGCUCAUCAGCCACGUUGAUGAGGGAAGACUGCCGUGAUCUGCCGCGCGAGGGUGACCAGGCUAACUCUGGGUUUAUUGUCACAGAGACCAUUUCAGUGGAAUUUAGUGUUUUGGAAAUAAUGGGUAUUUGUUUGGGAGUCAAGAGCAAACAUUUUUACCCUUUUAAUUACUGAUGCUUACAAUUUCAACUGAAGAGAUUUAACCUGACCAGGAAAUUUCAGGAAUGCGUUACCCUGGCGAGAUGGGCUUUUAAAAGCAGCAGCAGCAACAACAACAACAACAACAACAAAACCUUUAGUUAUAAAUGAUUAAUAAGUGUUUUUUAAAUAUAAUGGCUGCAUUGAGAUAUAAUUCAAAUACUAUAAAAUUCACCAUCACUAUUGGUUUUACAUAACCAUUUUGCAUCAAGUUUCCUAUAAGCAAAGCCUGAGAAGGCAACUCUUGUUCAGAUGACUUACUGCGGCAGUUCUCUGCCUCUGCUGGGGACCGGCUUCAGUCUCCCCCUCCCUAGGGAAGCUCUGGAGGACAAACUGCCCCACGGGGUUGGUCCCACUUUGAGACCGGGGGGCUUUUCAUGCCAGUUAGCCAGGCGUGUGAGGAGGAGGGGGUGGAAGGAAUGACUCAUAGUGUCCAGGGCAAAGUGGCUCCUGUUUCAGCGAGGGCCGUUCUCCGGGAAGAGGGCAGCUGUGAGUUUCAACACUCAGAGCAGGUAGGGGAUAGGUGUGCAGGCAAGGUGCCCGCCACAUCCAUGGCCACCUGCCCUUACAUUGCUCAGAUCCACCUGCUGCUUAAAGAUCAUUUCAUCCUGACAUACAGGAGCAACACCCCUGAGUCUUUCUUUAAGAAUUUGUUGAGGCGAAACUUACAUAACAUAAAAUUAACCACUUCAAAGUACACAAGGCAGUGCCAUUUAGUACAGUUACAUUGUUGUGCAACUAUCACCUCUAUCUCAUUCUAAAACAUUUCUGUCACUCUGAAGUAAAACCCCUUACUCAUGAAGUCAUUUCUCUCCAGUAUGCCCCCUCAGCCUCCUGUAAAUACUGAUCCAUGCUCUCUCUGUCUCUACGGAUUUAUCUAUUCUGGAUAUUUCAUAUACAUGGAA